AUGGUCAACCUGAGGCUGCAAAAGCGGCUUGCCGCCGACAUACUCUCCUGCGGCAAAAAGAAAGUAUGGCUGGACCCCAACGAGGUCAACGAAAUCUCGAUGGCCAACUCCAGGCAGAACAUCCGGAAGCUUGUGAAGGAUGGCUUCAUCAUCAAGAAGCCCCAGGUAAUCCACUCGCGGGCGCGUGCACGCAGGAGGAAGGAGGCCAAGGUGAAGGGCAGGCACACAGGAUACGGUAAGCGCAAGGGUACCCGGGAGGCCCGAAUGUCGACCAAGACUCUGUGGAUUCGACGUCUGCGUGUGCUUCGGCGGUUGCUGAAGAAGUACCGCAACUCAAAGAAGAUCGACAAGCAUCUCUACCACGAACUGUACAUGAAAGUGAAGGGAAACGUGUUCAAGAACAAGCGAGUGCUUAUGGAUGCCAUCCACAAGCAGAAGGCUGAGAAGACUCGCGAGAAGGCGAUUGCUGAUCAGUUCGAAGCCAGGAGGGCCAAGAACAAGGCAACUCGGGAGCGGAAGGACGCAAGGAGGGCUGAAAGGCUUGCAUCGGGUAUGCAUCUGGAGCAAGCACAAGCAAAGGCAGCAGCAGCGAAAAAGACCUGA